AUGUCUGAUGGCGAUCAUGAGACCUUCGAGUCUGCCGAUGCCGGUGCGUCGGAGACGUUCCCCAUGCAGUGCUCGGCUCUGCGCAAGAACGGCUUCGUCGUGAUCAAGUCUCGCCCCUGCAAGAUUGUCGAGAUGUCAACCUCCAAGACCGGCAAGCAUGGUCACGCCAAGGUCCAUCUCGUCGCUAUUGAUAUCUUUACCAAUAAGAAGCUUGAAGAUCUGUGCCCGUCUACCCACAAUAUGGACGUCCCCGUCGUGAAGCGCGAGGAAUAUCAGCUCAUCAACAUCGAUGACGGCUUUCUCAACCUCAUUGACAGCAACGGUAACGAGAAGAACGACGUCCGCCUACCCGAUAACGAGUUUGGCGAGAAGGCCGAGCAAUUCUUCAACGAUGACAAGGAUACCAUGAUCACCAUCCAGACUGCCAUGGGCGAGCAGGGUGUUGUUGAUGUUAAGGAGGCUUCCAAGUAA